CACUUCCUGUAGUUUUGACACAACAGCAGCAGGCUAGCAGUUCUUAGCACUUAGCAGACAUUUCGCUUGUCAAUUCGCCGUUGUAUUCAACUUACGAUGUCGGAAAACAUGUCAGCAGAGGUGGAGCGAUCAGAAAGAUCAGAUGGCAAGCUUGUGAAGAUGGAGAUUGACUACAGUUCAACUGUAGAUACACGUCUACCGGAGUGUGCCAAAAUGGCAAAAGAAGGUAGGCUGCAGGAGGCCGUUGAAAGCCUCUUGUCGCUGGAGAAGCAAACAAGAACGGCUUCUGACAUGGUGUCAACCUCCAGAAUCCUGGUGGCCGUUGUGCAGAUGUGCUAUGAAGCGAAGGACAUGGAUGCCCUGAAUGAAAACAUCAUGCUGCUCUCUAAAAGGAGGAGUCAGCUCAAAGGGGCUGUUGCUAAGAUGGUGCAAGAAUGUUACAAGUAUGUAGAUACCGUGACCGACCUGACCGUUAAACUGAGACUCAUUGACACACUACGCACAGUGACCGCUGGAAAGAUCUAUGUGGAGAUUGAGCGAGCCAGGCUGACAAAAACAUUGGCAAACAUCAAGGAGCAGCAUGGUGAGGUCAAAGAGGCCGCAGCCAUCCUCCAAGAGCUGCAGGUGGAGACAUACGGCUCCAUGGAGAAGAAAGAGAAGGUGGAGUUCAUCCUGGAGCAAAUGAGACUGUGCAUCGCUGUCAAGGACUACAUCCGCACCCAGAUCAUCAGCAAGAAGAUCAACACCAAGUUCUUUACAGAGGAUGGCACCGAGGAGUCUAAGCUGAAGUAUUACAAUCUGAUGAUCCAAGUAGACCAGCACGAGGGAUCCUACUUGUCCAUCUGCAAACACUACCGUGCCAUCUAUGAUACCCCCUGCAUUCUGGAGGAUAGCUCCAAAUGGCAACAGGCUCUGAAAAGUGUUGUUCUGUAUGUGAUACUGGCUCCCUACGACAACGAGCAGUCAGACCUGGUGCACAGAAUCAACGAAGACAAGAAAUUGGAAGAAAUACCCAAAUACAAGGACCUCCUGAAGCAGUUCACCACCAUGGAGCUGAUGCGUUGGGCCUCCCUGGUGGAGGAUUAUGGGAAGGAGCUGAGGGAGGGCUCCCCCGACAGCCCGGCCACAGACGUAUUCAACUGCUCAGAGGAGGGCGAGAAGAGGUGGAAGGACCUCAAGAAUAGAGUGGUGGAGCACAAUAUAAGAAUUAUGGCCAAAUAUUACACAAGAAUCACAAUGAAGAGGAUGGCUGGCCUCCUGGACCUCUCCAUUGACGAGUCUGAGGAGUUCCUCUCCAACCUGGUGGUGAACAAGACCAUCUACGCCAAGGUGGACAGGCUAGCCGGCAUCAUCAACUUCCAGAGGCCGAAGGACCCCAACGACCUGCUCAACGACUGGUCCCACAAACUGAACUCCCUCAUGUCCCUGGUCAACAAAACCACACAUCUCAUCGCCAAAGAGGAGAUGAUACACAAUCUGCAGUGAUGAGGACCGAGUGCAUUGUUUUCAUAAAAAAAUAAAAUGUUCUUCUGAAUUUAUAUUGAUGAAUGAACCGUUAUUCCAAUGUCAACUACUCCAAUUUUUUUGGAAUAACAAAUACCACAUCCCUUUCUGUUUCUUACGGUCAGCAAAGUUGAAGCAUUUACAAUAAACAAGUCUUACGGCCAUAUGUUGUUACUAUCUCUUGUCCCACUGAUGUAAUGCAAAUGACAUUGUUUAGAGUGGUCUCCCAAGUUUAUCUACUACAAUCUGGGCAUGUACUUUGUUCUAGAACCCAGACCACAGAGGGGCAUACACUGUUAAUGUUUUCUCUCCUGUUCCAACUCUCUUUUUCAUGUAACCGUCAUAAGGGAUUUAGUGUUAGAGCAUUUGCGUGCAACUUGCUGUAUUAAAACAUUUACUGUAA